AUGACCUCUACAGGUGACAAGAUAGCUAUUGUUGGCGCGGGCGUGUUCGGUCUAUCUACCGCCUUACAUCUCAGUAAGAGAGGAUACAAAGAUGUGACAGUAUACGAUUAUCGGCCAUACCAUGAAAACGCGUAUAAUCCCAGUGAAGGAUGUGACUCUGCGAGUGCGGAUGUCAACAAGGUCUAUAGAUGUUCUUACGGUAACGAAACAGAAUAUCAAGAUUUAGCCUUCUCUGGGCGUGAUAUUUGGUUCGAUUGGAAUAAGCAGAUUGCCAAUUCCGCUCCGGAGGAUCUACCAAAAGGCUUGACACCACAGGAUCAGUUAUUGGUCUCGAACGGCUUCUUGAGAAUAGCUGGCUCAGGUGAAUUAUCAGAUUUUGAUAAGGUGAGUCUGAACGCGUUGGAGAAGGCUGGACUCAGACACCAUCAGCAUGUUCUCCUCGACGAAGCAGAUAUGCAAAGAUUGUGGGACAAGGACGCGAAGGAACCAUCGCACUGGAAAGAGAAGGUUCAUGCGUUAGACAAAGCUGGUGGAGGUGGUCUCAAUGGUUUCAUCGAUACUUCAGCGGGAUUUACAUAUGCCGACAAAGCUUGUGCGUGGGCUAGACAUCUCGCGGAGAAGGAGGGAGUCAAGUUUGUGCUUGGCCCUGAGAUCGGUAAAUUUGAUGAACUAUUGGUCGAAGAAGGGAAGGUUGAGAAGAAGAUCAAGGGUCUGAGAACUGCCGAUGGAAAAGAGCACCCUGCGGAUGUCGUGAUCGUAGCUGGAGGAGGGUGGACACCAAGUAUCGUGCCAGAAGUUGAGAGCCUAUUGGAGACCACUGCCGGAUCAGUAGUCACCAUAACUUUACCCCAAGACAGACAAGAUCUAUGGGAUAAGUUCUCCCCUGAGAAGUUUCCAGUGUGGGCUUAUGGGUGGAUGGGAAAGAGCAGUCCGGAAUUUGGAGGUUUCUACGGCUUCCCUCGUACUCCCGAGGGUAAGAUAAAGAUUGGUUAUCGAGGUCGAAAAUGGACUAACUUCCAAACACAUCCUAAGACUGGCAAACGUCUCUCAAUACCAAUCACCAAAUACACCGAGGAAAAGGCUUCCAAUCUUCCUAAGAAGGCGAUUGAUAAUAUCAAGAUAGUGAUCGGUGAAUUAUUCCCGGAGUUGAAGGAAAUCGGCAUAACGGAUACAAGAAUGUGUUGGUACACCGACAGUAUCGACAACUCCUUCGUCAUUGACUAUGUACCAGGAUACAACAAAGGUCUAUUUGUUGCAUCUGGUGGAUCAGGUCACGGAUUCAAGUUCUUACCGGUACUAGGCAAACACGUUGUCAACGCACUAGAAGGGAAGAAGGAUCAGUUCACAGAGAUGUGGAAGUGGAGAGCUGCCGUGCCAGGUCAACCUGCAAAUGGUAUCGAAGAAGGCGAGAAAUCAGGUAGAAAUUUGGCGGAUCUGAUCAUCGCAGAGGAGAAAGACUGGCUGUGGACGAAAGAGCACAUUCUGAACGAGGGUAAGCAGGAUGACGGUGAUGUGGAUAAAUUGGCUUCGGAAGUUCAAAAGGUGUUGGUAUCUGCGUAA